AUGGGCUCCCGUGCUGCGCGGUCCUUGAGUAACGAAUGGUCGGGAUUCUGCGCAACGUUCACCUCCGCUCAACUGUCCAAGGUGCUCAAUCGCAUCGCUCUGAACUUUGGUCGGCUUUCCCAGUCUACCAGUUUCCGCCGGGAACAAUGCUUGAAAACCUUCCUGGAGGACCAUGUUCUUCGGUCGGUUUCACCAACGAUACGGCUUGAAGGGGGCGGGAAGCUGGGAUUCGAAGCCGUCCUACAGCCACUGCAUCAGCGCAUCCUACUUUUGGGGCGGUCAGGCUCGCUCAGCUCGAAGGAUGCCUCCCUGGUUUUAAAUGCGUAUGCAAAAGUGUACCAGUGCACAAAGCAGCCACAAUCCACAUCGAAGGUACAAUGGGACGUAGUUUCCAGGAAGCUGAAAUGGUGCGCGGAGCAGCUGCUCCCAGUGGCGAGGCGGCUGGUUGCGGAGAUGAACGAACAGGACCUGUCGCUGGUGCUCAACUGCGUCUCUAAGCUAGGUUUACCUGCAAACGACCUUUUGAAUGCCGCAAACGAAGCGCUAACGAGUCAACUCGUUGCACAUUAUGGGCACGAGUCUCAAGGUGACACGAAUGCAGGAGCCCCGGAACCAUGUAGCAACGUCAUAUCUCAACUAACUCCGCAAGGCGCAUCUCUUGUUGUAAAUAGCUUCGCAAAGUCGGAUGUUGCACUAGACGAUGCCGUGCUCAACCACAUUGUGCAUAGGUUCCUACCCAGUCACCUUGAGCAGUUCCUGCCGCAGCAGCUGGCCGUGCUGUUACACGGUUUCCUCAAGUAUAACGUGCCGACCAAGGAUCUCUAUAGCGCACUAAAGCACCUGGACCGGUCAAUGUCUAUUGCGCCUGUUGAGAGCAACCCAAAGUUGCUAUCGUCUGCGCUAUACACCUUCGGCAAAUACAACUACCUUCCAGCGGAACUGGCCAGACAGAUGGAACUUGUAAGAGGUGGUAAACCACUGCGCUUAUCUGAGCUUGAGUUGAGCAAUAUCUGCUACGGCAUGGGUAAACUUCGCAUUCGUUCUGAGCCCUUUUUGGAGAAGCUUACUGGGGCCGUGUCUAGGGUGCUGCACGAGCUCACCCCUCAGGGAUUAUCCACAGUCUACUAUGCGCUGUCUCGGCUGGAUAUCAGGGAUGCAGUGUCUGAGGGCGCGCAUGUACCAUCAUCUGGCUCUGUGCAAACAUCUAUUAUACAUAGAUUUGAGGAGCUGGUGGAGCUUGAUAGGAAAUCUGCUCCAUAUGCCUACGUCAAUCGCAACAUAUCGCAACAGGUGCUACCUCUACAUAUAGUGAACGUUUGCUUCAGUGCAGCCACCAGCUUAAUUCUGGACGGCGGCCUGUUCGCGCGGCUCCUACGGCAUCUAUCACUGUGUUUUACGAGGGUACACGUAUCACCACAUCAUUCCUCAAGUCACAUCAAUAUCGCAUCUGGGAAUGGUGGAGAUACAGAGCACGGCGCAAAUGGACAUGCACCUGAUGUCGUUUCACUCAAUGGAAACUCUGUUUAUGUCGAAGAGGCAACUACCACCGAGGAUCGUGCCUGCGCGUUCCUUACAACGUCUUUGGGCACACAGGGCACCUAUCAACUGUUCUGCAUAUGCCAGCACAUUGCCGGGUAUGCUCUAGGCGGACUCAGCGCACUUGGCUUGGAGGAGCUGAAGCUGUUAUCGGAGCUGUUCAGGGCGUGGGAACGGAUAUCGCGUGAUAAACCGAGCGCCUUCCUGAGCGAGGACCCUACCCGCUCAGUGGUGUUGGUGGACCCAGAUAUUACAACGUCAAAGAUUCAGAGCGGAGUAUUUGCAGUGCUCAAAACAAUGCUAAGCCGAUCCUCAGAAACACGGGAGGGAAAACACGAUUCGGGCUUAGAAGAUCAAUGCAGUAAGGAUAAGGAGACUAUUGUGGUUGCGGAGUCUCACGCAACCCCGACUGCGAUGUCGGUGGCCAGCGCUGUUACCAGGCGGCUGCCAACUUGCCUGGCUUCAACGCUCGUCGGCGGAUUCCCACAGAAGUCAGCGUUAUCAUCGCCUGAUGUCUUUAAAUAUACCAUUACGGGUUGGAAUCAGAGCCUAACGUAUCCCGUCUCUCCUCUGUGCAGUCCAACUGGGAUAUGCAACGGUCAUGGCAUAGCACAGCGGUCUGCACUAACGGAUCCCUUCGUGCGCCUCAGUGACGGCUUCUUCACCCAUGUAUCGCAAAUAGAAUGUCCGCGUCCCCUGCAGGUAAACCUCGAACUGCCAAACGGGCCGUACCCAGAGAUACGUCACCAACCUGUACAGCUUCCUGCUGUAACAACAGAGUCACACCACGUGGUUGAGGAUCAGGAGACAGGCGUUUAUCACAUCUAUGAUGUGGGACCAGCGUAUUUGUUCAACAAGCUGCGGACGGACACCAAACAUCGCAAACGCGCCUUUACGAAGAGAGGAUACUUUCGGCAGUCGCGUUCUAUCACGCGUAAGGAGAAUCGAAUGAAGUUCGCGUACGCCCUGCAGGGCAUCGAUUAUGAGAUGCUUGAGGGGCUCAAAAGGGGAGAGAUUCCUGACAUCAGGGCCUACAAGCGCUGA